GUGACUGUCUGCUCUGAACCAAACCAAGCCAAGGGGGUAAGAGAGUAUAGUUUCGGACGUCAUUACGCGCUCCCCGGGGGAGGAGGGUUAGGAACCGGCCACACAACUAAUAACAGAUUAUCCGCUGUCCGUAGAUGCAGUGUGUUUCGUCUAUGUGUGCGCGUAUGAGCGUGUGUUUGAGUUGCAUGCAAGAACAAAAGCGCAGCAAAGAAAAGCAGCCACAUCCUCCUGUCGGCAUAAGGAAGAGAUCCGUUGAACAGCGAUGAAGCACUUAUGCGGCAAUCUGACAUUCUGGGACUACAAUCUCACAAAGCACACAAACCUGCCAGAUCUCCCAGCAUGCUUUCAGCUGUCGGUACUGCCAUGGACUCCCUGCAUCUACCUGUGGCUCACGUCUCCCUUCUACAUCCUCUACCUCAAGAUGAACAACAGAGGCUACAUCAUGAUGUCUAUAUUGAACAGAAUCAAAACGGUUCUCGGCGUGAUAUUGUGGAUCGUAUGCUGGACAGACCUGUUUUCUUCAUUUCACGAGAUGAGCCAGAAUGAGUCUAAACCCCCAAUAUAUUUCGUUACUCCUCUAAUAGUUGGCAUGACAAUGCUGUUAGCCACGUUCCUGAUCCAGUAUGAGAGGCUGAAAGGAGUGCAGUCGUCUGGUGUGCUCUUCAUAUUUUGGACGAUCUCAGUGUUGUGUGCCAUCGUGCCUUUCCGCUCCAAAAUCGCUUAUCAGAAUGGGGUCGAAGACAAGCUGAGGUUCACCACGUUCUACAUUUACUUCGGCCUCACCCUGCUUCAACUCAUCCUGUCAUGCUUCAAUGAAAAGCCUCCUCUCUUCUCCAGCGUGGUCACAGAUCCUAAUGCUUGUCCAGAAAUUACUGCUGGUUUCCUCUCCAAAAUGACCUUUUGGUGGUUUACUAGCAUGGCGAUCAAAGGCUAUAGAUCUCCACUGGAGAAUAAAGAUCUCUGGUCGCUGAACAAGCAAGACGGUUCAGAGCUGGUGGUUCCCAAUCUGCUCAAUGAAUGGGAGGUGGAGAAAUCCAAAGCACAGAGUGAGCCGAGCGUGAAGGAGCAGGCUGCGUUUAGGAAGGCAGGCCCGGGUGCUGAACCCAACCACGUGAGCGCCAGUCUGGAGGAGGAGGAGGUUCUGCUGUCCAAACAGAAGGAGGCACCGAAGCCUUCGUUCCUGCGGGCCCUUCUCAGGGCCUUCGGGCCCUACUUCCUCAUCGGCUCCGCUUUCAAACUGCUGCAGGAUCUCAUUACCUUCGUGAACCCUCAGCUGCUCAGGAUGUUGAUUGACUUCACCAAACAGUCCAAUGCCCCGCUGUGGUGGGGUUACUCGCUGGCGUUCCUGAUGUUCGGCACUUCCCUCUUACAGACCCUCAUCUUACAUCAGCACUUUCAGUACUGCUUUGUCACAGGCAUGAGGCUGCGCACGGGGAUCAUCGGAGCCAUUUACAGGAAGUCUCUAGUGAUCACGAACCAGGCCAAGCGCUCGUCGACGGUGGGUGAGGUGGUGAACCUGAUGUCUGUGGACGCUCAGCGCUUCAUGGAUCUCACCACCUUCCUGAACAUGCUGUGGUCGGCACCGCUGCAGAUCAUCCUGGCGCUCUUCUUCCUCUGGCGGAAUCUGGGUCCAUCUGUUCUGGCCGGUGUGGCCGUGAUGGUUUUGCUGAUCCCAUUCAAUGCUUUCAUCGCCAUGAAGACCAGAACUUACCAGGUGGAGCAGAUGAAGCAUAAGGACGACCGCAUCAAGCUGAUGAACGAGAUUCUCAACGGUAUAAAGGUGCUGAAGCUCUACGCCUGGGAAGUGUCCUUCAAGGAGAAGAUCCUGCAGAUCCGGCAGAAGGAGCUGAAUGUGCUGCGUAAGACGGCGUAUCUCAGCGCUCUCUCCACCAUGGCCUGGACCAGCGCGCCCUUCAUGGUGGCUCUGACCACGUUUGCUGUGUUCGUGACUGUGGACGUGAAGAAUGUCUUGGAUGCAGAGAAGGCCUUUGUGUCUUUGUCUCUGUUCAACAUUUUGAGGUUCCCGCUGAACAUGCUUCCACAGGUCAUCAGCAGCAUCGUACAAGCCAGCGUGUCUCUGAAACGCAUCCAGGAUUUCCUGAGUCACGAUGAGCUGGAUCCCGAGAGUGUGGACAGAAGAAAUAACGCUUCAGAAUACGCCGUGAGUGUCAUAAACGGGAAAUUCUCAUGGGCCAAACAAGACCAAGCCACUCUUGACAACAUUAAUGUGAUGGUGCCGCAGGGCUCUCUGCUGGCGGUCGUGGGUCAUGUGGGUUGUGGGAAGACGUCGCUCGUGUCCGCCCUGCUGGGAGAGAUGGUGAAGCAGGAGGGUCAGAUCACCAUACGGGGAUCCGUGGCUUACGUACCGCAGCAGGCCUGGAUCCAGAACGCCACGCUCAGAGACAACAUCUUGUUCGGCAGACCGUACGCGGAGCAGAAGUACCGCUGCGUGCUGGAGGCCUGCGCUCUGACCCCUGACCUGGAAGUGCUUCCUGGAGGAGACCAGACUGAGAUCGGAGAGAAGGGCAUCAAUCUGUCUGGUGGUCAGCGGCAGAGAGUGAGUUUGGCCAGAGCGCUGUACAGUGAAGCAGACGUCUAUCUGCUGGACGAUCCUCUGUCCGCCGUCGAUGCUCACGUCGCCAAACACAUCUUUGACAAAGUCGUUGGGCCUGAAGGAACCCUCAAGGAAAAGACGCGGAUACUGGUGACCCACGGGAUCAGCUUCCUGCCGCAGGUGGACAACAUCCUGGUGAUGGUGGACGGACGCGUGUCCGAAAUGGGCUCCUACCAGGAUCUCCUCAAGCAGAAUGGAGCUUUUGCAGAGUUCCUCAGAAACUACUCUCUCGAGGAUAUCAUCGAAGACGAUGAAAUCACCGUUUCAUUGGUUGAUGAUGAGGAGGAGGAGUUUCCUGAAGAUGCUCUCAGUAAUCACACAGAUAUGGUGGAUAACGAGCCUGUAGUCAAUGAGGCGCGCAGACAGUUCAUGAGGCAGAUGAGCAUCAUGUCUAAUGAUCUGGAGAACCCAAAGAAAAUGUCCCGCCGGCGGCGCUGCAGCGAGAGGAAGCACCCAGAGUCUCCGACCGAGAAGGAGCCGAAGGUGGAGAAGCUCAUCCAGGCUGAGACGACUGAGACCGGACGGGUGAAGUUUAAGGUGUAUUGGGAGUAUGCGAAGGCCGUGGGGCCGUUCCUGUCGCUCUUCAUCUGUUUCCUGUACGGCUGUCAGAGCGCCGCCUCCAUCGGAGCAAACUUCUGGCUGAGCGAAUGGACGAACGACGCGCAGCACAACCGGACGCAGGAAAAAGUAACCAUGAGGGUGGGGGUGUACGCCGCGCUGGGCAUUUCACAAGGCGUCCUGGUUAUGUUUUCCUCCUUUACUCUGGCUCUGGGGAAAAUCCAGGCCGCACGCAAGCUGCAUCAGACCCUGCUGGACAACAAAUUUCACACGCCCCAGUCUUUCUUUGACACCACCCCCAUAGGCCGGAUCAUCAACCGCUUCUCCAAGGACAUUUACGUGAUCGAUGAGGUCCUCCCGUCCACCAUCCUCAUGUUCCUGGGCACCUUCUUUGCCUCUCUGUCCACCAUGAUUGUUAUCAUUUGCAGUACACCCAUAUUCGCGCUGGUCAUUGGCCCUCUGGCUUUCAUUUACAUCUUUGUGCAGAGAUUUUAUGUAGCCACGUCUCGGCAGCUUAAGAGACUGGAGUCUGUCAGUAGGUCUCCUAUAUAUUCUCAUUUUUCGGAGACCAUCACAGGCACUAGUGUGAUCCGCGCCUACGGGCGACACGCUGCCUUUGUUCUCAUGAGCGAUAUGAAAGUGGAUGAGAACCAAAAGAGUUACUACCCUGGUAUUGUUUCCAACAGGUGGCUGGGGGUUCGCAUCGAGUUUAUCGGCAAUUGCAUCGUGCUGUUUGCUGCUCUGUUUGCUGUGAUUGGGAAGGAGAAACUCAACCCCGGAUUGGUCGGUCUGUCCGUGUCAUAUGCUCUACAGGUCACAAUGUCCCUGAACUGGAUGGUGAGGAUGACCUCUGACCUCGAGAGCAACAUAGUAGCAGUGGAGAGAGUGAAAGAGUAUUCAGAGACGCAGACUGAGGCUCCAUGGAUAGUGAAGGACAAGCAGCCUCCUCCAGACUGGCCUCCGAAGGGAAACGUGGAUUUCAUAGACUACAGCGUGAGGUAUCGCGAGGGACUGGACCUGGUGCUGAGGAACAUCUCGCUGAAGGUCAAAGGAGGAGAGAAGGUCGGUAUCGUCGGCCGGACAGGGGCUGGCAAGUCCUCCAUGACUCUGUGUCUGUUCCGUCUGCUGGAGGCGGCGGAUGGAGAGAUCGUGAUCGACGAGGUGAAGAUCUCAGAGAUCGGCCUUCAUGACCUCCGCUCCAAACUCACCAUCAUCCCUCAGGAGCCCGUGCUGUUCUCCGGGACUCUGCGGAUGAACCUCGAUCCCUUUGAGAAAUACAAUGAUGAAGAAUUGUGGAAAGCGCUGGAACUCUCUCAUCUGAAGAAGUUUGUCAGCAACCAGACGUCCAAACUCGACCUGGAGUGCUCCGAAGGAGGAGAAAACCUCAGUGUGGGUCAGAGGCAGCUGGUGUGUUUGGCGCGAGCUUUACUGAGGAAGACCAGGAUCCUGGUGCUGGAUGAAGCCACGGCUGCUGUCGAUCUGGAGACGGACGAUCUCAUCCAGUCCACCAUCCGCACACAGUUCGAGGACUGCACUGUUUUCACCAUGCACAGACUCAACACCAUCAUGGACUACACCAGAGUGCUCGUUUUGGACAAGGGACAGAUUGCAGAGUUCGACACACCGACUAACCUGAUCGCUCAGAAAGGAAUCUUCUAUGGGAUGGCUAAAGACGCGGGUCUGGUGUGAGCCGCUAUGCUGUAAACCGCAGUGCCUUCACACAGUAUCACACACACAAUGCCAGUGAAUGUAAUGUUGUUUUGUUUUUACUCAACAGUGAAAGCUACAUCUAGGAUCUUUUAUUGUUUUUACAUUAUUGUUGUUUUUUCUAUGACUACAGUGCCACUGUUACUGAAUGAGUCGUUUCAUGAAGAAGCAGUCUAUUUUUGUACUGUAUUAUUUAAGUCACUUUUUGAAGUUGUUCAAUAGGGAAGAUUUCUGCUCAGUUACAUGUGAUUCCUUUUGUAAACCAAAUCUGUAAAAACCAGAAUUGGAGUAUUGUUGCAUUUAUUAAAAAAAAAAAAAGUAAUACUGUUUCUAUGUGUAUUUCGGAAAUUCUGUGUCCAAAAGCUGUUUUGGUUUUCAUUGCACUCAUAAACUUCCUUUUUGUAGUGACCUGAUAUACAGCAGGAAAUUGUGCCACUUUUAUAUUUUAAUUUUAAUUUAAUUGAAAGUGUAUUUACAUUUAGAAUUAAUUGUAAUUUAUCAGUAUAUUAUUUAAUAAAUUACUUAUUUUUAAUAUUAUUAUUUAUCUCUGACAGCUGUAAACUCAUAAACAAUACAGCAUGGUGAAUUUUGAAAGUGAAUUUUUCAUAAUUUUAUGCUAGCCAACUAUAAAUUAUAAUUAUAUUAUUAUUAUUACUAUACUUAUAAUAUCAUUAUACUAUUAUAAUAAUAAAUAAAAAAGUAAUACUUUUUCUAUGUGUAUUUUGUACGUUUUUUUCUUUUCUUUUUUCAAACUGGUUUUCACUAGUUUUUGACGAGUAGCAAUCAUAAACCUCCACUUUCACUGACAAAAGGCACUUGAAAUAAUUGCAGGAAAUUGUGCCACAUUUUAAUUUUAGAAUUUAUUACGAUCAUAAUUUAUAGGUAUUACUUAAUAAGUAACUUAUUUAACUGUGACAGCUAAUAUAUGCAUAUGUGUGUGUGUGUGUGUGUGUGUGUGUAUAUAUAUAUAUAUAAUGUUUUUGUUUUUUUUCAUAAUUUUGACAAAACCUCAUCUAUCCUAUAUUAUAAUUA